AUGCUAUCGAUUUUUCUUCUUCUAAAAUUAUUUUAUCUAUCUGAAACUCUGAAAAUCGACGAAAGUUUCACAUUUAUUGAUUGCCACGAUGGAAAACACGACAAAACUUGGUUUGAAAAUCAUUUUGACCUCGAAAAUUCCACCAAAGAUUGCUCAUAUUCACUUUUAUCUAUGAAUUUGAAACUUCACAUUGAAGGUUCGGUUUUGAAAAGCGCGGAGGAUUUGAAUUGUCUGGACUCAUAUUAUACUUCAACCAAAUUAGCCUAUAAUGAAGCUGGUGAACUUAUGAAUUAUAUUUGGUCUCUAGCAGAAAGACGGGUCAAAAAUAUGUUGGUAAAUUUAUUUUUCAACGAUUUCGAAUUCGAAGAUUGUCCCAAAGCACCUCAAAAAUACACCAAAAAUCUUGGAAACCGCGAAGAUUUUAUUGAUUAUUUUCUAUUAUCUGCUGUUGAACCAAUCGAAGUCAAAAUCAUCAGUGCUGAAAUUCACGGGAACAAUAAUUUGUAUUUCUUCUCGCCCGUCACAAUGCGAGAGGAUUCUGCGAUUUUUUAUUGGGCCAAGAAGGAUGGGAAGAAGUUUCGGAUUUUCAGAGCUAAACGAUUUUAUUGUGAUGGUUUUGGUGAAUAA